CCUUUCCACUUUAUUGUAAUAUCUCUUUUUUUUUCUCUCUCUCUCUCUCACUUUCUCUACCUAGCUAUAAACCAGAUCAACCCUAUCUAUCUUACUAUCUCAGAGUGUGAGGUUUGAGGCUGAGAAAUGAAAGAUUUGCGUUUAAGAGGUCAGUGAGGUUACAUGGAAAAGAAAGAUAUGAAAGGCGUGAAGAUGGAGGAUGACGCCAUUGGAUCUUCAUCGCUCCAUGGUUAUCCAUUCCCGAGCAUGUUUGAUUUCUCUGAAGUGGAAAAGAGCUCCUUAGGGUUUAUGGAGUUACUGGGUGUGCAUGACUAUAGUUCUUCUAUGCUUGAUUUGCCUCUAGUGUCAACCAUGUCUAUGGCUCAUAACUCUGCUCUUAAGGAGACUGGAAAAGAGUGUUCCGAGGUAUUGAACCAGCAACCUGCCACUCCAAAUUCUUCAUCGAUUUCAUCUGCGUCCAGUGAGGCAGUCAAUGAUGAACAGAAUAAAACUGUAGACCAAGCACAUGAACAUCAAAAGUUCAAGAAACAGUUGAAGGUGAAGAAGACAAAUCAGAAGGGACAGAGAGAACCGAGAUUCGCGUUCAUGACGAAAAGCGAGGUGGAUCAUUUGGAAGAUGGGUACAGAUGGAGAAAGUACGGUCAAAAAGCUGUGAAGAAUAGCCCCUUUCCUAGGAGCUAUUAUCGUUGCACUAGUGCUUCAUGUAAUGUGAAGAAACGCGUGGAGCGAUCUUUUACUGAUCCAAGUGUUGUGGUGACAACCUACGAAGGUCAACACACACAUCCAAGUCCAAUUAUGGCUCGCUCAGGCCUCGCCGGAUCUACAAUAUCACCAGGUGUCUCCGCCGUAAUGCCUGCAGGAAACUACAUGUCCCAAUAUUAUCAGAACCAUCAACAAGUCUUUGUCAAUAAAUUGUGGUCUUUGGGUUUCCCUUCUUCAAAGAAUGCUUCUUUUCCUCAAGAGAGACCUCUUUGUAAUCCCGGGGCGACUGCAUUGUUAAAGGACCAUGGGCUUCUUCAAGAUGUGGUACCUUCACAUAUGUUCAAACAAGAGUAGAUGAUAAUUCCAUUGCUGCUUCUAUUUGAUUUUUUUAUGCUGACCUUUUGUAGGACUCCAUCACUACGUAUUUGUAAUUAAGUUUUCCUUCGAAUUACUGACAGGGGGUGACACUGAUGACGAUCAUACUUGUAAAACCCACUUUAUAUCUUAUUGCACAUAUACGCCUUAUCAUUAAUAU